UUGCUGUGGACAACAGAAGUUAAAACCGUUCUCUCAGACCCGGAGAGGAUGUAGUAUUUCUUCAGCCGGUGGAGGACACGGGGCGACUCUCAGCUGUCACACUUACUGUUUUAAGAUCCCGGUUUCUGUGAGGCGGAGAUUCUUCAGGUUGAAAGAUGUUGACAGACAUUAUUUUGGAAGAAGACUUUGAGAAGAAAGGGGAGUCCUGGUACAACCAGCAGGACCUUGAAGACGAUCUCCAUCUCGCAGCAGAGCUGGGCAAAACUCUCCUGGACAGGAACCAUGACUUGGAGCAGGCCCUGCAGCAGGUGUAUUCUACCAACCAGGAGCAGCUGCAGGAGAUCGAGUACCUGACCAAACAGGUGGAGCUGCUACGUCAGAUGAAUGACCAACAUGCCAAACUGUACGAGCAGCUGGACAUGGCCGCCAGGGAUGUGGAGCAAAGCAACCAAAGGCUGGUGCAGGACAACCGUAUGGCCCAAACCAAGAUCAACAGUUUAACAGAGACUAUUGAAGGCCUUCAGACCCUCAUAGAGGACCUGCAGACCCAGAUGGAUGAGCUAAAGGCGGCUCAGACCGAGCGAAACAAGAGGGAACUGGCAGAGCAGCGGCGUGGCUUUGGAGCGCAGAGUGUGUCCUGUCUCAAGGAGCUGUAUGACCUCCAGCGGGACAGGUAUCUGACUCACAGUGAUGGACUGUGGUUGCCUCAGAGCUUCCUCUGUGACGCAGAGAGCCCAGACCCGAAGGAGGAGAACCAGGCUCUCCAGCGUUCCAUCCAAACCCUUCAGAGACAGAUCGCCACAGAGCGAAGCCGAAGGGAGGCUGCAGAGCAAGAGAUCGAGUUCACAUCCAGGGAGAACUUGGGUCUUGAGCAGCGGCUGGUCCAGCUGGAGGGCUGCUGGGCCCGACAGACGGAGCUGGAAGAGGAGGUGGAGCAGCUGCGGCUUCUGUGGCGUGCCACCAGCAGUGUCAGAAGACCGGAGCAGCUGCUGUUGCCUGAAACGGUGUUUUUUGCCUCUGAAGAAAAGCAGAGUGAAGCAGAGGAGACAUCAGAGAAGGAAAAGGAGCAGACAAAGCAAAGCCGACAGAGGUGUAACAGUGACAGUGUUUUGAAGGCCACAAACACGGAUGAGCUUCGCCGUGGUCAUGAGCAGCUGUGCAUCAGGCGGGCAGAGGCAGUGAAACAGCGAGGCAUCUCUCUGCUCAACGAAGUGGACGCACAGUAUAGCGCCCUCCAGGUAAAAUACGAGGAGCUGCUGCAGUGUUACCAUCAAGCAACAGACGGACUGAGCCAUAAAGCUGUCCAGACCUCCAGCGGUUCCUUCGCCAACGCCAGGGCACGCCGCCACCUCUCCAACUCAGCUGCACCGUCCGAUUUAAAGGUUCUUCCUGAAGAUAACCAGCAGCCCGAGUACAAAGUUCUGUUCAAGGAGAUCUUCACCCGCAUCCAAAAGACAAAGGACGACAUCAGCGAGAACAGGCACCCGGCACAUGACAGCGAUUCUGCAGAAUGAGUUUCAUGCAUUCAUCUUCCCUCGAUUUGCUUUGGAAAAAUGGUUGGUGAAUAAGCCUGUGUUUACUACAAAACUGAAAACAAAUGAAUAUAGAAGAAUUUAAUAAGAAAUGAUGUACAUGAAGAUAUUUAAAACUGCAUUUCAAUCUAACAGUCCAGUAGUAUUAUGUUUUUCUGCCAUAUUUAUGUAAUGCUAACUCACUUGAUGGUGUUUGGUGCUUAGAGCAGAAAGGCACAUGUGUUGUUACGGUUUAGAUGGAUGUAUUAUGUAAGCAGAAAUUUUGCAUAACGAUGGAAAACUGUCGAAAUGUAAUCCGUGGUUUAUAAAAGCUGAAAUACUGGCUGGUUUUAUGAAAGUAGAAGGUAAUUUGUUUGGUUUCUAAACCUUUGUUGGUGCGUCACUAUAAAUCAUGUAUGGUGAAAGCUUUUUUUGUUUGUUUUAUUGAUAUUUGUAGCAACAUUUUUGCUCAGGACACAUAAAAGCACUUCUUUUUUUUUUGCAAUUGAUCACACUUUUAUUUAUUAUCUGAAGAUUUAUUAUGUUUGUAGGUAGCUUUCUAGAGGAGCCUAAUCAGUUGAUUAGAAGUGAAACUCAGCGUAGCUGCACUGUGUUGUAAAUGAUUUAGGUAUGUUAUUUAAAAAAAUAUAAGGUGAUUUUGUUCUAAUUUUUAAAAUGAUUCUAACAAAAGUAACUAGAAGAUAUAUAAAUGUUCAGAACCUCAGCUAAUGUAUGUUUCAAGAAAAAGAUGUUCUAAAAUAAAACUAUUUGGCAAUUAGCCACAUGAGUA